AUGUCAGACCCAUUAAUGGUAACUUUGUCAGGGAUUAGAGGUAUUGCACAGAAAUCUCUAUCAGAGGCUGUGAUUAUUAAAUAUGUUAAAGCAUUUGUCACAGUUCAAAUUAAAGAAUAUACAAAGAAUUCAUUGUUUAUUCUUGGGAGAGACUCACGUAUGAGUGGUCCAUGGGCAGAAAAAAUAGUUAUUAAAGCAUUAGAAGAGUGUGGAUGUAAAGUACUUAAUUGUGGGAUUGUCCCAACACCAACUGUACAGGUAAUGGUUCAACAACACCAAGCAUGUGGAGGAGUAAUUAUUACAUCAAGUCAUAAUCCUAAACCAUGGAAUGGAUUAAAGUUUGUUGAUAGUGAUGGAUUAUUUAUUGUACCAAAGAAAUGUGUUAAAGUGUUUACAUUAGCUGAUGAAGGAACUUUUAUUCAACAAGAAGGUGGAACAACUCAAACACUUCCAACAGCAAUAGAUGAACAUCUUAAUAAAAUUUUAUCAUUACCUUACAUAGAUGUUGAAGCAAUAAAAAAACAACAUUUUAAAGUUGCAGUAGACUCAGAGAUUUUCCACAUAUUCCAGAACCACUUCCAGAAAACUUAA